AUGAUGAAGACAGUUGAAAUGACCGACCUUGGCUUGAUGAACUAUUUCCUCGGUAUAGAGGUGAAACUACAAAAAGAAGGCAUAUUUAUCUCUCAAAAGAAAUAUAUUGAAGCUCUACUAAAGAAGUUCAAGAUGAAUGGUUGUAAACCUGUCACUACUCCAUUGGUGGUAAACGACAAACUACAAAAAGAUGAUGGAGCACAAGAGGCAGAUGCAUCACGCUACAGGAGUUUAAUUGGAAGUCUCUUGUAUAUGACAACCACACGACCAGACAUUAUGUAUGCUACAAGUCUUCUAUCAAGAUUCAUGCAAAAGCCAAGUCAGAUUGAUUAUGGAGUAGGAAAAAGAAUUUUAAGAUAUUUACAAGGCACAAAGGAGUUUGGUAUAUGGUACAAAACCAUGACUAAUUCAAGAAUGAUUGGCUACACAGGUAGUGAUUGGGCAGGAUCAAUGGACGACAUGAAAAGUAUGUCUGAAUACACUUUCUCACUAGGAUCCGGUAUUUUAUCUUGGGCAUCAAAGAAGCAAGCAACUGUGGCACAAUCAACAGCAGAAGCAGAGCAUGUAGCAGCUGCUGAAACCACAAGUCAAGCAAUAUGGCUAUGA